AUGCAGCGAUGCCCGUUGCAAUUCUUACGGCUCCCUAGCGCUAUUCGUGCCCAAUAUGCCACCCAAUUCUUCUCACAGACGCGAUCAUUCACGGCCUCCAUAGCGUUUCGAGCCGCCCCAAAAUCGGAGGUCGAGAAACGUAUCCAGGCUAUCCCAAUUGAGCGGUUUCGUAAUUUUUGUAUUGUCGCGCAUGUCGACCAUGGGAAGAGUACGCUCAGUGAUCGAUUACUCGAGUUGACCGGCACGAUCGAGCCAGGUGGUAACAAGCAGAUCUUGGACAAGCUAGAUGUGGAACGAGAACGAGGUAUCACAGUAAAAGCGCAAACAUGUUCUAUGCUGUACAAAUAUAAAGGGGAGGACUACCUGCUUCACUUGGUGGAUACUCCAGGACAUGUCGAUUUCCGGGCGGAAGUUAGCAGGAGUUAUGCAAGUUGUGGAGGGGCAUUGUUGCUUGUAGAUGCAAGUCAAGGAGUCCAGGCGCAGACGGUUGCGAACUUCUAUCUCGCGUUUUCUCAAGGGUUGAAGCUGGUGCCGAUUAUCAACAAAGUCGAUCUUCCCUCGGCAGAUGCACCAAGGGCGCUGGAGCAAAUGAAGGCCGCCUUCGAAUUGGAACCCUCAGAUGCAGUUUUAGUUUCAGCAAAGACAGGGCUCAACGUUGAAGCCAUAUUACCCAAUGUCAUCGAACAAAUUCCUGCUCCGGUGGGCGACCACAAGAAACCUUUGCGACUACUACUGGUUGAUUCGUGGUAUGAUAAUUACAAAGGGGUGAUUUUGUUGGUGAGGAUAUUCGACGGGACUGUGAAAGCUGGCGAUCAUGUUAGAUCAUUUGCCACAGGUAUUAAGUAUUUUGUUGGAGAAGUGGGCAUGAUGUACCCCCACCAGACGGCGCAGAGUUGUCUAAGAGCUGGCCAAGUCGGCUAUAUCCAUUUUAACCCUGGUAUGAAAAAGAGUGCGGAGGCAUUAAGUGGUGAUACUUUCACAACAGUUGGGUCGGAAGGAAUUGUUGAACCAUAUCCGGGAUUCGAGGAGCCAAAGUCGAUGGUCUUUGUAUCAGCAUUUCCAGUAGAUCAGAGUGAUCAUGGCCAUUUGGAGGAUUCUAUCAACCAAAUUGUCCUCAACGACCGAAGCGUCACCUUACAAAAGGAAUCUUCAGAAGCACUAGGGGCAGGCUGGCGAAUGGGGUUUCUGGGUACACUGCAUUGUUCUGUUUUUGAAGAUCGACUUCGUCAAGAACAUGGCGCCAGUAUCAUUAUUACACCUCCCGCAGUACCGUUUAAGGUUCUCUGGGCGAAUGGCAAAGAAGAAAUAUUCCAAAGUGCCAUGAGUUUCCCAGACACAGAUAACAACCAUCAGAAGGUGGCGGAAAUCCAAGAACCUUACGUAUCAGCGACUAUUACCCUCCCAGAAGAAUAUCUGGGUAAAGUUAUCGAGCUCUGCGAAUCCAACCGUGGCGAGCAGGUAGAACUGACUUUCUUUACGGCAACUCAAGUCAUUCUCAAAUAUGAUCUUCCACUCGCUCAGCUUGUUGACGAUUUCUUUGGAAAACUGAAGGGAGCCACCAAGGGAUACGCAUCUCUGGACUACGAGGACGCUGGCUUCCGCCGCUCGAAUAUUGUGAAAAUGUCACUGCUUGUCAACAAAGAACCAGUUGAUGCUGUAGCACGUAUCGUACACCAUACUCAGUGUGAGCGUCUCGGCAGGGUUUGGGUAAAGAAAUUCAAAGAGCAUGUUACUCGGCAAAUGUUCGAAAUCGUCAUCCAAGCUGCCGUGGGAAAUAGGAUUGUAGCAAGAGAGACCAUCAAGCCGUUUAGAAAGGAUGUUUUGCAGAAACUUCAUGCCGCGGAUAUUGGCCGAAAGAGGAAGCUUCUUGACAAACAAAAGGAAGGAAGGAAGAAGCUGAGAGCUGUAGGAAAUAUCACUAUCGAUCAUAAGGCGUUUCAAAAGUUUCUGGCCAAAUAG